GUUUGACAGUUUAUUUACAAACAAACAGUUGUCCUCAGCACCCGGGCCCGCACAAAACAAUGGAAGGGAAAUUAAUAAAAUCAAUUUUAUAGGAGAAUAUGUACUGAAAACGCUGCGCGAUUGAUAUCACAUAAAACUUUAAUCCUUUCAACACAACGCGUGCCUGUUAUCAGUAUUGUUUGAGGGGAGUUGCACUCAUUAAACCCGCUUCACCGCUUGUGCCGGUGUAAAGUUGACCUAGAAAAACAUCGGAUCGAGGAAAAAAAUCCGUCCGCAACUCUCUUGUUGGUGCUUUAUUUUCUAACAAAACGCCUGUGCUUUAAGUAUGCUAGUUCAAAAAUCGGUGCAAUGCAUACUCUCUUUCCUGCUGAUACUCCACGUGGCCUUCGGAACACUUUCUCCGUCCGAUAAGAACAAAAACAAGAAAGUAAAGGAACUGAAAGUAAAAACCGGUCCACAGCCGACCAACGUGUACGAUAGGGGACUGGUGCAGGGGGAACCAUCGGCAAAGGAUAUUCUCGUGGAAAAUGCUGCCUUCUUCCAGGACACAUCGUUAAAACUGUUCGAGGGCAAAGUGCUUGGGUUUGUUACGCCGUGGAACAAUCAUGGGUACGACGUGGCGAAAACGUGGGGACCCAAGUUUGAUUACGUGUCACCGGUGUGGCUGCAAGUGUUGCGGAAAGGUCCCAAAAAGUACGAGGUAGCCGGUGUGCACGAUAUCGACGAUGGGUGGGUAAAGGAUGUGAGGAAGGCGGGCUCAUCAAUCAACAAUCGAGUUGUGCCACGCGUUCUGUUCGAUAAAUUCACCGACCGGGACUUUUCCCAGCUGCUCACUUAUCCAGAAGAACGUACCAUUGUCGCUAAACUACUGCUAGCGACUGCCCGGAAACACAAAUUCGAUGGGUUGGUGCUGGAAGUUUGGUCACAGCUGGCUGCCCGUGUAGAGGACAACUACCUAAUCGGACUGGUGGAAGAAAUCUGCAACACCCUGACCACCGGCUCGUUCGACUGCAUUCUUGUGAUACCGCCAGCACGCAAAGAAACGUACGAUCUGUUUUCGCGCAAGCACUUCGAAGCGCUCGUCCCAUCGGUAACGGCUUUCUCGCUGAUGACGUACGACUAUUCGAGCGUCCAGCGACCGGGAGCGAAUGCCCCACUGUACUGGGUACGGAAUGCCGUCCAGCACAUCUGCCCGGACGGUACGGAUGGCGUGCGAGAAAAGCGUGCAAAAAUCCUCGUUGGACUGAACAUGUACGGUAGCGAUUUCACACCGAACGGUGGACAGCCGAUAGUGGCGCACGAGUAUUUAGCGCUGCUGAAGCACCUGAAGGGUCACCUGACGUACGAUGAGCACGAUGUGGAGAACUUCUUCGAAGUGAAAACCUCCAACGGACGCCAUAUGGUAUUCUAUCCGACACUCUUUUCCAUCGACGAACGGCUUAAGCUGGCCCGAGAGCUUGGCACGGGCAUUUCCAUCUGGGAGCUUGGCCAAGGGUUGGAUUACUUUUACGAUCUUUUCUAAAAAAACGAACCACUAGACACACGCGUCAAUUUACCCUCAGCGAAUGCUUUAUCAGCCCAACACGCCGCACACAGUCGUUUCGGAUAGGUAGGGCAAAGCUUCGCAAAUUCGUUAGCUGGACGAAAUAGUUUUCCGCUAUUAUUCUUACCACCUAGCGUAGCGUACGGCCUAAAAGGUAAAAGGUUCCAGUUUUCCGUUGCUCUUUUGCUCGAGCGAUACACUAUUCGAUCAUUUCUUAGCAAUGAAAUAAGAUGCAAUAAUGCCGAACGAG